CUCUCCACCUGUUGUGUCAUCUUCCUAAGGAGGGAGUCCCCAAAUGGAGAUUAUCAUCUCUGCAGUCCUUGGUGAGCUGACCACUAGAUCCAUAAAUUUCUUCACCAGUAAAAUCUUCAAGCCAACUCCGGCGGAUCUGGAGGAUCGCCUCCGCAGGGUCCUGCUCCGGGGACAGGUCAUCACCGAUGAGUCCAUGGGGCGGCAGAUCACAAAUCAAGCUAUGCUCAUCCAGUUGGACAUGGUGAGAGACGCCAUGUACCGAGGACAGUUCAUGCUGGACACCUUCAGCUGCCAAUCUCACGAUGAGGACAGGAAAGAUAAGGUUAUGAGGCACCCUUCGUCGUCUUUGUCCAAGGUAAACUAUCUGAAACGUCUUUCUCUCUCCAGUAGAAACACACUGGUUCUGAAACAGCUGCGAGAGACGCUUGAUGACUUGAGUUCCAUGAUCCUUGAUGUGGAAGAGUUAGUCGUGUAUUUGAUGAGCUGCCCUCGCUUGCGCCGCCAGCCUUACAGCAUGCACCUCCAGCUGGCCAACAGCAUGUUUGGCCGCCAAACAGAAGCACAACUUAUCAUCAACUUCCUACUGCACACACAGCCACAUGAUGGUGCUGAAGAAUUGGAGGUCCUGCCGAUUGUCGGACCAAGCCAAGUCGGCAAGAGCACCCUAGUUGCUCAUGUUUGCAAAGACGAAAGAGUCUGUGGUCAUUUCUCAGAUAUCCUGUUCUUUCGCAUCCAUGGUUUAACAAAUGAUGAGCUAACUACUUUCAGAGACAGUUGUGAAAUGAGAUAUCAAAAUUGCCUGGCAAACUACAACAAAGAGGGAAGCAGACUGCUAGUUGUCAUUGAGUUAUCUGGGGAUCUGAAUGAAGAUGCAUGGAAUAGGAUUUAUUCUGCUUCUAAACUAUGUCUGCCAACUGGUAGUAAAAUCAUAGUUACAAGCCGGUCCGACAAAAUUGUGAGGUUUCGAACAACGAAGGCCUUAACUCUAAAAUAUCUGUCCCAUGAGGCAUACUGGUAUUUCUUCAAGACGCUUACAUUUGGAAGCACCGAUGCCAAGAUGCACCCAAGUCUCAUGUACCUGGCCAUGGAGAUAGCCAGGACGAUGAACAGUUCCUUCAUCGGCGCAAAUGUCACUGCCCGUUUGCUCAGGGACAAUUUUGAUGCCCACUUUUGGUGCAAGGUUUUGGUCUUCCUGAGAGGGUCUUUCCAAAAGCAUGUCACCAGAUUUGGUGAGCAUCCCUUUGAUCUUCUGAACCAAAACAGACCUGCAAAUCUUGGGAGAAUGGCUACACCUGCUGAAGAUUUUGUACUCUAUCAUCAGUACCAACGCUCCCCAGAGGACGAGGUUCCGAAGAUAAGAAUCCAAGAUGUGAUGUAUGGAAGCGUGAAGCCUCAUGGCAAGUUUGAGGUUCUAGCAUGGAGUUCUCAGAUACCCCCAUAUUAUAGCUAUGUCUUUGCUUGUGAGAUUCGGGAGCUAGAAACUACAGCCACCAAGAGAAAGCGUUCUGCGAAAAAGGGGGUCACGCUUUCUUAAUUUUUUCAGUUUAAGACUUGUGUACUAAUGCCUUUUCGUGUGUUUAGUUUUAACCGAAUGAUGUGUGAUGGUGAAGCUUAAUAAUCAGAUUUUCAUGAGGCAAUAAAAUUGCUUGUCAUUGGUUUACUCAAUGCACAUGCACAGUCCCAGAGUAGUCUGUGUGGGAGAC